AUGUACUCAUCCAUCCUCACCACCCUCAUCGUGACCAGCACCACCCUCGCCGCAAGUCUGCCCCCGAGCCCAGGUCAUCCUUUCAUCCCCUCAGAAUACGUCCCAGAACCUGCGUAUCCAGCUGCAAAGCGACAAGGCCUCCCCCUCGGUGAUGUUUUGGGCGGAGGCGAUGCCUUGGGCGGCCUAGGAGACUUACUAGGCACUGGAGGCGACACAGAAAGCUCCUCCGUUGCUCCUGCACCCGCUCCAACUCCUGCCCCCAGAGCAUCAGACAUCGUCAUGACAACCACAAUGGUCACCGUAACAGCGACGUUGUCCACGCCGUUACCAGUCGCGCCAUCAGCUUCCGUAUCUCCCGUACCUGAAGAUCUGGCCGGCGUCUACGUCUGCGACGACAUCAACUGGAACGGCGCAUGUUCGCAUCACUUCACCAAGCCAGGCGGUUCAGAUAUUGACUGCGCACAAUUGUCUGGCAGGGAAUCAUCCAUCGGACCGGAUCCAGGCUUCUUGUGCGAGUUCUUCACAAACUCGUACUGCAAGAAGGAGGCUAGCAAUGAAUCAGACUUUCUCAGCUUGAGCUGGCCUGGUAAUCCCGAUCUGAGGAGUACGGAUAAGGGCAAUUUGAAUGAUAAGUUAUUGAGCUAUGUUUGCUUUAAGGUGCUGUAG